GAUUUAUCGUUAACACCUUCAUUACAACUACGCUGUGUAUUGGUUAUAUUUUAUUAUGUGCUAUAACCGUCUGAGAAGUCGGUCAACCUAUGCAUGAAAUGUCCCUUACUUUUCACGUGCGAACAGUCCGAACUCUUGUUCCGGACCGAGCCGCUUAGCUCUCUGCUCAAGUCUGGGGAAGAACCGGGGCCCCGAUAUUGUUUGAACGUUGAGGACGGCUAGGACAACAUCGUCUUGAAGUGUAUCUUACUCCCUAGAAGCUGGCAGUCCGAAAUGUCUAUCGCACAUGGCAUCAAAACGCUAGGGAUCUUGGGUUCGGGGCAGAUGGGAUUGGGCAUUGCAUAUGUGGCCGCACUGAGAGCUCGAGUACCUGUUUUAAUUCAUGACAGGUCGGAAGCCCAGUUAAAGAAAGGUCUCGCGUUCAUGGAUAAGUUGCUUGAGAAGGAUGUAGCGAAGGGCAAGAUCACCAGCACAGAUGCCAAAGAAGCAAGGGACCGUGUAACUGUGGUCUUACCCGAUCGAGGAUUGGUAGGUCUACGAGAUGCAGACAUGGUCAUUGAGGCUGUAUCAGAGAAUCUUUCUCUGAAAGAGGCAAUUUUCCGAGGUCUCUCUGCUGAACUUGGGCCCGAGCCCAUCCUAGCUAGUAACACGUCUUCGAUCAGUAUUACGAAGAUUGCGGCUGCUACUCUGCCUGACGGCGAGGGCGCCUCUAGCGAGAAGGGCAAAAAGAGCGCAAGCAGAGUUGUUGGCUUGCACUUCUUUAACCCUGUACCAGUCAUGAAAUUAGUCGAAUUGAUCUCUGCACUGCAAACGUCGAAAGACACGCUUGAUCGCGCUCGAGCAUUCGCGAUCGCUUGUGGAAAGGAGGUGACAACAUCCCAAGAUGUGCCGGGUUUCGUGUCAAAUGCGCUAUUAAUGCCAUUCAUCAACGAGGCGAUAAUGUGUCUUGAAAAGGGCGUGGCUACGCGGGAUGACAUUGAUAAGACGCUCAAAUUGGGCAUGAAUCACCCGAUGGGUCCUCUUCAGCUAGCUGACUUUAUCGGGCUUGAUACGUGCCUCGCCAUUCAGCAGACACUUUACACCGGAACAGGUGACUCAAAAUAUCGGCCUAGUAUCCUGCUUGAACGCCUGGUGGAUGCCCAGUGGCUAGGCAAGAAGAGUGGGAAGGGCUUCUAUGAGUACCCUGCGUAAAUGUUGCGGACCGUUCUUCCUUGCCAACUUCCCUGGCUCCGUAUCGCCCGCGGAUGACCUUGGUCUUCAGAUUCAAGGACGCACUGUGCCCUGUUAAAAUGAAUGGAAGUCGAAUUUUGGUCUUCUC